AUGUUUCCCUCUUCGGUUCCCAACAACUGUACCUUCUCGCCGGCCUCGGCCACUCCCCAUCUGACCAUCAACCAUGAUGUGGCCGCCGACCUCGACUCGACCAAUGCUUUCGAGGGCCCCGAGAAGCUUCUUGAAGUCUGGUUCGCCCCCAGCCCGACUUCUCUGCCCCCAACUGCUCCCGCCAAUGGCCUAAAGGCUGUUCCUGCUGAUACCUGGGUCCCAAUGCUCGACAUGGUCAACUGCAAGGUUCUCUCUGUGCUUGACUCUGACAACAUGGAUGCCUACCUCUUGUCCGAGUCUAGCAUGUUUGUCUUUCCUCACAAGAUCAUUCUCAAGACAUGCGGCACCACGACUCUUCUCCUGGGACUCCAGCGCAUGCUUCACAUUGCGGCCAAGUACGGGUUCCCGUUCCACAAUGCCAGCUCUGUCAACGAUAUCCGUGCUGCUGCCACUCCCUACCGCGUCUUUUACAGUCGCAAGAACUUUUUGUUCCCCGAGAAGCAGCAGGGACCCCAUCGCAGCUGGAAGCAGGAGGUCAAGUACCUCGACGACAUGUUUGACGGUGGAAGUGCCUAUAUGGUGGGCAAGAUGAACGGUGACCACUGGUACCUGUACCUCACGUCUCCGAACCAGCAGGCCUUGACUCCCCCGAGGACCCCCGAGUCCGAGGUCAAUGGUCCUCUGGCCAAGAUCCCCGUCGGGACAUCGUUUGGUACUGGCCCCAGCGGUCAUCACGACGAGACGCUCGAAAUCCUCAUGACGGACCUCGAUCCUGAGAAUGCCAAGCAGUUCUACUUGUCGCACGCGAGUGCGGUCGCUAGCGACAAGUUGGCUGCAGAGGCCCAGGAUGCCCGCAGACAGGCCAUCAACAGCCUGGGCGGGCUUGAUCCAGUUGACGAAGUGGACGUCUUCUGCAACGGGGAUGAGGAACCCAUGCUCGACUCUACCGAGGCUCUGACGACCGAGGGCCACGCUCUGGGAACUGUCGUGUCGGAGAGCUGCGGCCUCUCCAGUGUCUACCCGACCACCGACUACCCUGAUGCGCGUGUCGAUGCCUACCUCUUCAGCCCUUGUGGUUUUUCUGCCAACGGAGUUGUUCCUCCUCAGGCUGAAGGGGCCAAGUCUGAGCAUUACUUUACCGUCCACGUCACCCCUGAGCCUCACUGCUCCUUUGCCUCGUUCGAGACCAACGUCCCUGGUGGUCAGAGCGGACGAACCACGACCGAGAUCAUUGAGCAGGUUGUAAACAUUUUCAAGCCUGGUCGCUUCAGCGUGACCCUGUUUGAGGCUAAGGCUCAGGCUCACAACCCCUAUGGUAUGGGUGACGAUGACACCAAGGGAUGGGCAGCCAACCGUCUGGUUGAUCCUGUCCGGGGAUACCGACGCAUUGAUCGUAUUGUCCACGACUUCGAGGACUACGAUCUCGUCUUUCGCUUCUACGAACGGGAGGGAUGGGCCGGCACUAAGAAUGCGCGAGUUGGUGAGCCUGCUAGCCCUACUCUCAAGUAA